AGGCGGCGUUGCAUUCCGGAACAAUUAUCCUGUGGGACAUUGCUUAUAUCGUGACGUGGUUGGAGUGAUAGAAAUAUACUACAUUAGUGAACGAUCUGUAGUUAUGGACUAAUUCAGUUGGUAUUUUAUUCUCAACAUAUGUCAAACAGUGCAGUCUUGUCUGGCAGGCAUUGAGACCUCUUGGCAUUGUGGUUGUUGUUGAUUUGAGGCUUCUGCGCGGGGACACGCCUAUCAUCCCUAGCGCUGUGACUCUCUGUCCCUGCGUCAUCAUGAAGCUGUACAGCCUCAGCGUCCUCCACAAAGGAGCGACAAAAUCCAACCUCCUUAAAUCUGCCUAUGACCUAUCCUCCUUUAGCUUCUUCCAACGCUCCAGUGUCCAAGAGUUCAUGACCUUCACCAGCGCCUUGAUUGUGGAGCGUUCUGCACACGGCAGCCGAGCCUCAGUCAAAGAACAAGAGUACCUGUGCCACGUGUAUGUGAGGAAUGACAGUCUGAGUGCAGUGGUGAUAGCAGACAGCGAGUACCCUCAAAGGGUCGCCUUCACACUACUAGACAAGGUGCUAGAGGAGUUCUCCAGACAAGUGGACAGCAUAGACUGGCCAUCUGGAAACCCUGAAACCAUCAACUACAAAGCUCUGGACAUCCACCUGGCCAAGUACCAGAACCCCAGAGAGGCAGAUGCUAUGACCAAAGUGCAGGCUGAACUGGACGAGACAAAGAUCAUUCUGCACAACACCAUGGAGUCUCUGUUGGAAAGAGGGGAGAAGCUGGAUGAUCUGGUGCAGAAGUCUGAACACCUGGGGAACCAGUCUAAAGCCUUUUAUAAGACUGAUGAUUGUGCAAAUCGUUGCAUUUUUCUCUCGUGGCCUAAAACUCAACAGCGCGUGUCACUAGGCAAAGUAGGUGCGCUGAUUGACACUAAACACAGGCACGGAAGCAGAACUCAUGCUGCGAGGUCAUGUAGUGAUUGAACUGUCCUCUUAGACACAUCUCUUGGCCUUUCUGCUCAUCCUACAACUCCCAUCAUGCCCCAGCCUCCAGGAGAUAGAAUGGCCUCCGCUCAGUCACUGGGAGGGCACAGAGGCAGUUGGGUGGGGGGGUUGGCAGGGGAAAUUAUUAUAUUUAUUUGCUUCAUUGUAACCUCUCAAAAGGCAUUGAGGUGGUUCAUAGCCAGCCAGGAUGUGGUCCAUCAAUAACGUGUUGUUUGUAUCUUUGGUGGUUUGUUCUUUGAAAAAAGUCUUAAAGCGUUUCCUGAAUUUCAGACUGUAUCAGAAUCUUGUGUUUUGAAGGAGGAGAGAUUAAGUUCUCAUGCUUGGCUUUAAAGCAACCCUGACAAUCUCGCUCUGUUCUAUGUAGUAACUCACAGCUAACGUUAAAACAAGAGAUUUCUGGAACCCAGGAUCUGCUGGUGUUCUCGUAAAGGUCUUGUAGUGUCGUCGUAUUUUCUUUUCCCACUAGAUGGUGCUGUUUCCUCACAUUCGUAGUUCAGGUAUAUUCAGUUACAUAUUUAAAGGGCCUCUGUAUCCUGUAGGAAUUAUAUUCUAUGUAUUGUGAUUUGGGGGAGCAGUGGCUGUUUGUAAUUGGGUCUGAGACAUCAGAACUCCAUGAUCAAAUUGCUCAUUUCCACAGAAUGUUUUAGCGUAGUGAUUUAAAAAUGUCUUGAGUUUUUGAUUGGUAUUGCUCGUGCGGAUGGGCUUGUUAAACUAAAUUGGGUAGCCUGUACUUAGAAAGCAGUGUUUAGUGAUGUCUAUAGACUCGUCUUGAGAUACUAAGCCUUAUUGAAUUAUGGGUUACAUUGAAGUCCUGCUGUGUAUGAGUAUGUGGUAUGAAAGGCAGGUCUUGCAGUGUCCUACUGGAGUUGCGCUGUAAUCCCUCCAAAGCUUUAUUUUUUAAUUUUGUGUUUCACAGAGUAGGCUAAACAAAAGUGUUUGUUGUCUGGACCAUUGAUGUAUAUAAAAACUGGAUUGUUGACACUAUGUAUUGACUAUUGAGAGGCUUUGAAGCCACUGGUUGGCCAUAUUGGUACUCCCCAGUAGGAACAGUUCUCCAUAGGAAUUAUUGAAAUUCUACAGUAUUUCAAUUACAUUUUUCAAGGACAAAGUUACAUAUAUUGAAAUGUUUUUGUUGUAAGAUUAGUAAUCUCUAAAAAAUGAUACUUUAAAGAAAUGUUUUUUAUUUUUUUUUAUUUUGUAUUUUUAUGUCUAGCUCACAUAAUUUAAAAGUAUGCAUUUAAGGUGUCUGUAGUAGAAUAAAUGCAGCAAAAACAAAUGUAGACAUUAAUAAAUGCAUUUCUAUAGAUUCCAAAAUAUUUUUUAUAAUGCUGGGGAGUGCCAAGAUGGAGACAUGCUGGCUUUAACACAGCGCCCCCUAUUAGUCAUGUAGUGUUUAUCUAAAUCAUUGGUCUGUCUGGAUGCAGUCUUAAGACGGCUCUCACAAUGAAUCAGCCAUCACCCACCCACCAAUGGGUUCUGAUCAUAGAGAUAGAUAUAGGACACCUUUUUUAGCUGUGCCAUUAUAGCGCAUGUCACAGCAUGGGCAGCGCCACUGAGGCUGCAACCCGUAGGAAUCCUCACCCAGUUGACGAUUUUAAAAUGGUGGAAGCCCUCAAUGGCGCUGCCAAUGCUAAAAUGGCAUUUUGGCCACUAGAGGUCUUUAUCAUUCUCUAUAGUUAUGAUCCACCAUAAGAGGUCAUUUAUGCUUGAUCAGAAAGUGUGGUCGGAAACUCCGUAUGGAGGGUGUGACAUAAUUGCAGAGCAUCCGGAGGCACGCUGAGGCCAAAUUGAGUCCCAUACCACGUUGCUGUGGGCCUCCCAAAUGUUUGAACAAUGUGAAGGGGAUUGAGGUGGCAGGUAGCCUAGUGGUUAGAGUGUUGGACCAGUAACCGAAAGGUUGGUAGAUCGAAUCCCUGAGCUGACAAGGUAAAAAGCUUUUGUUCUGCGCCUGAACAAGGCAGUUAACCACUGUUCCUAGGCCGUCAUUAUAAAUAAGAAUUUGUUCUUAACUGACUUGCCUAGUUAAAUAAGAAUAUCUCUGCAUUGACAUGAUUGGUUGAUGCUAGGUAGUGAUGGAGGUCCUGUAUAAACACAAACUCACUUCUUUCACAACAGCUCUGUGAAGCGCAAGUAUGAAUUGCAAGGUUUCUGCAGAGGCUGUAUCACUGUAAAUGCUGCAUGGUCAUUACAGAUGACGGAUUGACCAUGCAGCGCCUUUUAAGCUCUGACCCGUUAUAAGCGUACUUGCUCAGCUGUUACAUUGUUGCAACUUGAUUGACGAGGGACUAUUUGUAAAGAUCAGUAUAGAACAGACAAGAUUCCCCUUUCAGCAUAACAUAGGUGUGUUCAACAAACAUUUCUAUCAAAGAAUUCUGUUUCUUUUAACUGGCUCAGUUUUGUGUGAAAAACACACUCCUCACAGGCCAACAUCCCAGAUAGCACUCCUUGUAAUCAGCACCGUAACACUUAUUUGGCUUUGGAUGGUUUUUCAUUGUGUUCCCAGACUCCAGAGGACGAGUUGUUGGACAAUGUGAGAUGGAGAGAGGCCUUUGAUAUUUUAGAUGUAGUUUAUCUUGCUGCUUUAUUUUGUGUCUUAUGACCUGAUUGUGUGUGUGUGUGUGUGUGUGUGUGUGUGUUUGUGAACAUCUGUGUACAAAUACAUAAUUAGUCUGUGACCUGAACUGCUCUUAUUGCUUUAUGGCACAACUUCUGUGUAACUUCUAGAAGCUGACUACCCUCCAUAAAGUUCGAUGUGGGGCAAACAGAUAGUUAACUUGACACCAGUGUUUCCAAUGAAGGACACUUUGAUGACUCUUGUACACUUAUGAUCAACUCCCCAAAUGAAGUAAGCCAAGGGUGAACCAAAAAAACAUUUUCUCUGAGGAAUGUUGUUCUGUAAACGUUUAAGUUGUGCUGAAAACUUAAAUACUGUUACAAAUGCUAUUAAAGUUAAGCUGUAGCUAUUUAGUGAUUUGUUUCUCCACUUUAAAUAUCAUGUCUUAAAUUAGGAGAGAGAUGUUCUGUAAUUUAUUUAGUUAAAUAGCACAUCAUGGAAUUGGAAGCAAAAAUUGAAGAUGUUGUAUUAAUACAUAUUUUGGACAUUUAUUUAGCUGAAACACUGUUUACAGAAGUUGUAAUAUUGCCUAGAUAAAAAACAAAAGGCCUUGAACAGAUGUGUCCUGUAAAUUCAUUGUUUUAAAGUGUAGUGUUAUAACCAACCUGUGGGAAUCAUUUUGUAAUAAACCAAUCAAGCAAACCACCUAGACAAGAUAUAUCAACUAAUAGUAAUGGUAAUCAUGAUAGUAUAUUUAAAACCAAAUACUUUUAGACUUUUACUCAAGUAGUAUUCUACUGGGUGACUUUCACUUUCACUUUUACUCAAGUAUGACAAUUGGGUAGUUUUUCCACCCGUGUGGAUAGGGUACGCCUAUUAAUACAACAACUAGAGAAAGAUCUGAUUAAAUUAUUUGUACACAUCACAAUAGGUAUUUUUAUCAGACGAAUCAAGGCUGUACGUCCCAUGAACCCUACCCUCUCCGCCCUCCUGAAGAUCGCAGUCAGCUGAUGUAAAGUGUGUUGAGAAAGUUCGCUGGCGGAGCAAAGCUACGAAGCGACAGAGGGUUUCCUGGUGAGCUCGCAACCGACCAGCGGCGAACGAGAGGAGCGUCAUCACUCCCUUUAAUUUCACAACACGCGUGCAAAAAUGUGGACGGAGGUGAAAAACCAGACCAAAUUUGUAUUUAGCGAUGGAAACACCUCGGAGGUAAGCGUUAGACAAACUCAUCGUAGGCGAAUAAACAAAUAAAAACAGAGAGCUGUUCCAAUGCACACAUGGGUCCUCGCUACAUAUGAACAGCGCAAUGGUGAGUGUGUAUCAGUCAGGUUUGGGGUCAAUUUAAUUAAAAUUCCAGUCAAUUCAGAAGGUAAACCACAUUUAAAUUCCAAUUUGUCCUAAUUGAAAAGCUUUGACGAGAAUUGGAAUUUCAGUGUACUUCCUGAAUUGACUGGAAUUGGGACCAGGUGUGGUGUCAAUCUCCAACACACACAGUAGAAAUGUGCAUGACCCGCCCACUUCGGGAACUGUCCCUUUCAGCUAUCUAUUUCCUGUGUCUGAGGGGUCCACAAAAUCCACUUGUCACUUAAAUAUUGUUGGCUUGAUUGUGUACGUUUUACUCCUGCGACUCAUUCCUACUCUUAUUGUGUCUAAUUUUUUAAAACGUUAUAAUCGCGUGAAUGUUUGUAGGGACCUGUCGAACACCCUGGUAAUGGCUGAAAUGGGCUCAGUGGAAAACAUUGGCUUUCCAUUGCAUCUAUAAAAAACGCUAAGUCUUUGUCUGGGAUUUAACACAUCUUCUCGACACUUACACAUCUUCUCGACACUUACAUCACAAGAAAGAUAACUUUAUUUUGUUUGGUGUUCAUUUUUUUGUGGAAUUUAAAAUAAUAUAAUACAUUUUGAAAUGAAAGUAACUUCCGAAAAUAAACACUUGGAUUAUAUUUAUAUGUCUGAUCACACAAAUAAUUUAAAGUAUGUAUAGAUGGGUAUAAUCUAGAGUCAAGCGUGUUGAUUUUAAAUCUGAGGGUAUCCUGCUAUUGAAACACUUGUUGAAUUAUGCAAGAGAACAGGACAACAGUAAUUUAAUGCAGUCAAGACGGCACAGGUGAGUGCAGGUGGGCCUAGACACAGCAGGUGAGUGCAGGUGGGCCUAGACACAGCAGGUGAGUGCAGGUGGGCCUAGACACAGCAGGUGAGUGCAGGUGGGCCUAGACACAGCAGGUGAGUGCAGGUGGGCCUAGACACAGCAGGUGGGCCUAGACACAGCAGGUGAGUGCAGGUGGGCCUAGAAGACAGAGUGUGUUUUUGGUGGUUACAGCCCUGUUCCACUCAUUUAUGUUAAUGUAUACAUAUAUGCAAACUAAUUUAGCCAUAUGCAAAUUAGGCACACACAAUUUAAAAAACAUGACAUUUUAAAUUGAAUAACUGAAUUCCCACAAAUCCCUGAAUUCAUUAUUUGUCCGUGCCAGUAAAAUGUUUCAUGUGCUAUAAUUCUGUCAAUAUCUAAGGGAUUUUACCAAUUCUAAAAGUUUGGAGUAUCUUCACCCCUUGUCCAACUGAUACAUUUAUUAGAAACAAACAAACAACCUUUUAACAAUUUUGAUGACAGUUGCUACACACAGCAAAUCUCAUUCAAGAGUUGUUUUUUUUUAAGAGUCAACGGCCAUCCCUCGCCCCUCAUACACAGAAGACCCCCAGGCCAGAGGCAGUGGCAUCAUCCCAGGAGCCAUUGCAGCUGCAGUUUUCAUUGGUUUCGUAUUGGGUCUCUAUGCAGUUCUGUGGAAGUGUAUGGUCUCACCACCCCAAAGGAAGAAGAGGAGGGUGAGGGUUCGAGACAAGAGGAGCCAAGUAUGCUGACUGACAAUCAGGAUCUCAUCUAGGCCAUCUGGCCAGAGGAUCCAUUGGAUCCAACUCCUGCAUCAAACCCCGGCCAGUCAAACGAACCCGAAAAGAUCCACUCAUACUGACUUGAGUCUCUCAUCAGGAUGUUCCUGGACAUCAGAGAGGAAAUGGAGAUUCAGAAACAUUUGGAUAGAGCUAGGGGAUGGCAUAAUUAUGGAUCUAGCUUAUCAUGGUCAGAGGAUGGACCGGAAUCUAAGGAUCCAGUCAAAUGGAUCUAAAAGGAUCUUCUAAAUUACCUUAAGAGGAUCCACUCAAAUGGCUAAAGGAUCCAACUGAAGUGCAUCAGAGAGCAUGAACUAACAAUCUAAACCAGUUAAGCUGGGGUCUUCAGACCCAUCAAACUUGUAAACAUUUUUGUAUGUAAAAAAAAAAAAAAGAAAUCUGAAUAUUACUAACCGGUCAAACACAUUUUUGCCAAGAGAUCUGUUGAAUUAGUUUAGAGUGUAAAUACAAUAAAAUGUCAUUAUUAAUAUACAAUUUAUGUUCUUAAACCCUGGACAACGUGGGCCUGGGAGGCUCACAGGGAUAUUGGCAUCUACAGUACUCACCAAUUAUACAUUUUUCAACUCAAUGACCCAUAGUGUGUGUAUGUUUGUAUAUUUUAACUGCCGUUUUCUUUCUGUCUCAUGGGAAAAUGUGUAGAAUUGCAGAAUAUUAGUGCUAAAGCUGCAACAACACAAACUCUUUGCCCCAUGACAAAAUAUGUCAAGAGGCUGGCCUUUUAAAAUGUUCCUCCCCAGGACCGAGCCUUGGUUCGUCCGGCCAUACACUGAAGUCAUAGUAAAACACUGUGUAUGCUAUUUUUCUCACUCGAGUUGUUCUGAUUGAGGGGGUCCCUUUAUAUAUUUGCUAUCACAAAAGAGGUGCCGGACCCCAAUAGUUUGAGAGAGCCUGCUCUAAAUGAUUCUAGGAUCCACUGUAUGCCACAGUGCUAUGCCUGCGUGAGAUGCUGACUUUAACUGAAGUGUAGCUAUACUGUUGUCUGCGGAUCACUGACAGUUGACAGUGAAAUCUGUACUACUGAGGAAGGAGGCAGCACAGGUCACUGUUCUUCCUAUCGGUCAACAAGCCUACUGGCCUGGCAAACAUGUGGGUAUGUUUUUUUGUUUUUUUUCUCUGUUUGGGUGAAAAUGUGUGUAGAUUUUGAUUAGGUUUGACUACAUGUGUUUGAAAGCAAAGGAAAGUGAUAAUGAAUGGGAAAUUUGCUAAUACUUCAUAUAUUUGUUUGUGCAUGUGAUAUGAUGGCUUUAGGUGAAUGAUUGAGCUGGAGUUAAUGGCCUUAUGAUAUCCAGGUUUUGUCAUGUUACUUUUCCUCAGGAUGUGACUUACUGUUCCUUUCAUUAAACUGUGAUUUGUGUUCUUGCA